GAAACAGACGACGAAGAAGAAGAAGGUGCAGAAGCGUCCGUAUUAAUCGGAUGGAUCACUACAAGGUAUUAGGGGUAAGCCGCGAUGCGAGCAAGGAAUCAAUCAAACAAGCCUUCCGGAAGCUCGCCGUGGAAUUCCACCCGGACAAGCACGCCAACUCUCCGCCGCACGUGAGAGAACGCGCCACCCUCAAAUUCAAGCACCUCUCCCACGCUUACGAAACCCUAAUGGACGACCGCAAGCGCGCCGAUUUCAACAUCCGCUCCUCCUCCAACCCUUCUUCUUCUUCAUCCCACCACUGGAAUCGCAGUACCUAUCGGGAUCAGAAUUCCGGCGGCGACAACAGAAAUUCCGGCGGGUACGGCUAUAAUUACGGUUAUACCCGCAGCGGCCGUGCCUCCUACAUCAAUAAGCUGGAGAUGCUCCUCCGCCUCAUGACCGCCCGGACCUCUCUUCUCCACCUCACAUUUGCCGGGCUUUUGUUAGGUGCAUCAGUGGCAAUUUAUAGCGGUGGGAAAGCGCUGUGGAAGAUGCACAACUCCGGGAAAUUGUUUGAGGAUGCAAUGGAUUCGAUAGACAAUGCCAAAGGAUGAAACAACGAUGAACCGUAGAGGUUUUGUUUCGUUUACGACUUUGUUCUUGAAGCCAAAUUUUGAAAGUCCAUGGUCCAAAAUCCAAAUGCAGGGAUAUGGUUCAUUCUUAAUGUGUGUACAGGAUUCAUAUGAAAAGGUAGGUAAACCAAUGUAAAUGUAUGCUUAUCAUAAAAAAUGAGGCUUUGU